AUGUCUUCCACCACCAAUUCACCAACGACACCCUCAAAUGGGUUUCCGAGUUUGCAGGAGCUUAGCAAUAGCACUGUAACUCUGGCCAACGUCACUCGCGUCCUCAACGAGACCCUCUAUUAUUCGCAGAGCGGCGAGAAUCUCGACUCGACGCAAAUCUCGGAGAUCAUGGCGAUUCUCGAAAAAUCGUCGUCACUCGACGGCAUCCGCGAGCAGGACUCGCGAAUGAUUCUGCAAAACGUCGACAACUGCUUGCUCGCCAAUCAAUCGCAACUAUUCGGUGCGGUGACAAGUACAACAACCAAUGUGUUGAGAAACAUGGUUCAGAAUACCUACGAUGAUCGAAUCGACUAUUUGAAAGGUGUGAAUCUUGGAUUCUCAGCAAAGAAAAUUAAUUGCUCGAAUCUAACCACCGAUGACGGCCUUCUCGAUUUGACGACCUACUUUGAAUUGAUCAACGCGACCACAACGAUCAGCAAUCAGAAUGCCAUUAGUGUUCCGCUUUCAGACAUAUGCGAAUCGCAAAAAAUCAGCCAUCUCUAUUUUUCCAUCUAUCGUGAUCAAAAGCUGUUCAUUGGGAAGCAAGCCUAUCGCGUCUACGAUCCAACCAACAAUUAUCCAUCAAUCUAUUCAACGUCUUCAAAUGUUGGAAGGCAUAGAAGAAGUGCCGACGACGAUGAUAUUAAUAUUCUACCACCGCCCGAUCGCUGCCAAUCGCAAAUCAUCGUGGCCAACGGCAAACCGGUGAUGAGCGCGACAAUUCUCAACGACGGCGAGACGGUGAGCAGCGUCGAGAAGCACGACGCGCUGGAGCCGCCCGUCAUGGCGAAUCUACAAUUCAACAUUGAUGAUAUGCCGCCGCCGUUGCACGGCGAAUUCAAGGUGACGUGGUGGGAUGUCGGCCGACAGGUCUGGUCAUUGGAUAGACCGUGCAAAAUUCGAAGCAUCAAGAAUGGCAUUGUUAGCGCGCAAUGUCAGCAUCUUACCGAUUUCGCGAUUAUCGUGUCGGGCUCUCUCGAUGAUCGCAUUAUCUGCGAUUCGGCGCUCUACACAACUGGCUACAUUGUCAAUAUUAUUUCAAUAGUGAGCCUAAUGUUUCUCACUGUUCUCAGCGGUUUGGUCUAUGUCAAUACAAUGUCGACGGCGAAAAUUCUAUUCUACCUACGAGGCCAGAUAUCGAGAAAAGGCGAUCUCGUCGCAUUCUUCUACUAUUUCAUGCUUCUCCUAUUCUACAUUAUGUUUGUGUUCUUUUCCGACGCCCAUGUUGUCGGCAACACGACGGGAUGCGUCAUCGUCGCCGCAAUGAUGUACUUCUUUCUCAUCAGCUCGAUAAUGCUCAAUCUUCUUCAAGGCAUCCGAAUAAUUUAUAAGUUCAUUAGUGGAAAAACGCAGAUAUUCUUCGAAGCUCUGAUUGCACCGCCGUCAGCGUUGACAAUCGGAAUAGUGUUUCCAUUCAUUCUAACAUUUCUCAUCGCGAUAUUCGCUUCGGAUUUCUUCAAACGAAACGACUCAUUCUGUUGGGUUCGACCGGAUUAUCUAACCUACGCCAUCGUCGUCCCAAUAACGAUUUUGCUCAUCAGCGCGCUCAUUUGCACAAUUUUCUCGGCGUACAAAUUAUUUUGGAGCCCAAAGAAGAAGCUCGGCGUCACAAAGGCGAAUUAUCACGACGCCGAUUUUUGGACAAAAAUCGUCGGUCUGAUUGUGAUGCAAUUCACCUUGGGAGUUCCAUGGAUCGUCCAAUAUUUUACACUUCAAUGGCCGACAACAUCCGCAUGGCACUACAGUUUCACAAUAAUUCUCGGAUCGCAAGGCACCAUCCUUCUAAUUGUCUUCUUUUAUCGAAGGCAAAGAUUAAUCAUCGAGUCUAGAAGGUCUAGCGCUAAAGUCGAAAUGAUGAAUGAAGACAAUCGAUCAGUGAAAAGCUAUCUUUUCAAUUGGCUUAUGCCGCAAUCGGUCGACGGCCGGUUUCUCAUGUUGCUGCGCAUUCUGGCGAUUUUGAUUUCGUCGCGAUUCGUCGCCGCUCACACGCUCAAUUACUCGUUUUCGCUUCAAGAGACCGACAUGUCCGAUUUUCUCAAAACCUAUUCGAUUGCCGUCAAAAUAUCGAUCGAGUUUCGCGAUGACGGCAACGCGCUUUUUACGACGUCCGUCUCCAAUUCGUCUCAAACGCAUUUCACAUUGUAUGCGAACGGACAAAACUGCGGGAUUAUCAUCGACCAUUGCAGAUUUUUAAUUGGAAACGGACAAACUUUCAAAAUUCAAAUAAACAAAAUUGAUAUGGUUUCGAACUUUUUAACAUUCACCAAUCAUGGAUCAGAAUCAAAUCUCGAAGUCUCACUGGUAGGCUGCCGCCAAAACCUGGCACCAUUGAAUUGCGUUGCUAGUGGCCAGUACUCGUCCGAUACGCAGCACAACGAUUACAAAGAUUCGCUGUGCUUUUGCUGUCACGCUUAUUUAACAUGCAGCACCUCGGCAGGUUCAGACCAUUGUGUCAGCUCGAACCCGUGGUGGAAUUAUAAUACAAUCACUUCUACGACAACAACGAUUAAAACUACGACGAAGAGACCCACAUCAACAAGCACGACUCAACUGACUACAUCGAAAACUACGAAAGAGCCGACGACUACUAGAAAAUCAUCGACGAGCACGGAAGCGGCGAGCACGAGCUCAACAAGUGUGCAAACGAGUACAACAACAUCGGAAUUACCGGCAACCGUCGAUCCAAACUCAAUUCCAACGCUGAAAAAUUUGAGCGAUAGCGGCGUCGGAAUCAAUAACGUUUCGACGGUUCUCAAUGACACGCUUUGGUAUUCGCAGCAAGGCGCCGAUUUGGAUUCGACGCAAGUCGGCGAGAUCGCCAUCAUUUUGAACAAUUGCGCCAAUUUGCGAGGACUCAGCGCUGAGAAUUCGAUUGGAAUCCUAAAGAAUCUUGACAAUGUGCUACUGGUCGACGACGAGACAAUGAGAAUGAGCGGCAGCUCAUCGGACAUGAUGUUGGGAAUGCUGCCAACAAUGGUGGAUAACACAAAAGAUGAGCAAAUCAAUUAUCUUGAUGGACAGAAUCUCGGAUUCACUGCAAAGAAAAUUGAUUGUUCGAAACGAGUCCAAGAUGAGGGACUUCUAGAUUUAGGCAACAAUUUCGAAAUUAUAAACUCAACUGUUUCAAAUACACGAAAUUCGAUUGUAGUGCCACUAAAGGACCUAUGCGCUACACAAGAAUUAAGUCAUGUGUACUUCACAAUAUAUCGAAAGACGUCAGUAUUCGUUGGACCUCAAGUAUACAGGCCAUAUGGUCCGAAACCUAAACCGCUAGCGUUUUCUGAAGGCGGUCCAUCUUUGAGGUACUCCAAAAGGAGUGAUGAAGUUCUUACAUCAUCUACAACUCCGAAUCCGAAUGAUUUGAUUCCGCCGUCGCCGUGUAAUCGACAAGUGGCACUUCCUGAGGCGCCGGUGAUGACAGCGACAUUAUUGAACAAUGGGCGGAGGGUUAGUCGAGCGACUACCGCCGACGCGCCGAUGGCAAUUCUACGAUUCAACAUCAGCGAUAUCAUCAAACCAUUGCACGGCAAUUUCAAGGUGACCUGGUGGGACAUCGGAAGGCAAAAGUGGGCCACCGAGCGGAAUUGCGAGAUCAUUUCCGAAAACGAUGGAAUCCUCGAAGCCAAAUGCCUUCAUCUAACCGAUUUCGCGAUAAUUGUGGAUGCCCUCCUAAACGAUCCGAAUGUCUGUGACACCGCGCUAAUAGAUCUCGGCUAUGCUGUCAAUUCCUUCUCGAUCGCUUCACUAAUAUUUCUCACCGGUCUCAGCAUUACCUCCUUCAUCGAAUCAUUGCCGAAGACACGCUUUUACGAUUAUUUUCGCGGCUCGUCUUACAUUCGUCGGGACUUUCUUGCGCUUGCCUACCAUCUCGAUCUCCUCCUAUUCUACAUUUUCUUCACAAUUUUCGCGAAUCAAUCAGUUUCGGGUGAGAUGUGCACAUUGAUGGCCUCAAUAAUGUACGCAUUGCUAUUAUGCUCAUUAUUCCUCACCAUGUUCCAAGGACUUCGAAAUGUCAUCUCAUUCGUCCCACAAUCCAAACUACCCUAUUUCAACAUGAUCAUGUCAUUACCAAUCGUCAUUUUUGUUAGCAUAAUCAUCCCUUUCACAUUAUCCGUCAUCCUCUUAGUCUUCACAACAUUCUUCGAUCGUCAAGACUGCUUCUGUUGGGUUCGACCAGACAAUGUGAUCGUUGGGAUCAUUGUUCCCGUCUCAUUGCUCAUUCUAAACGCGAUAGGAUGCACUAGCUAUAUUGUCUAUAAGGUCUUCUUUGGAAUGCGUCGGAAAUUCAGUGCGGGAAAUCAUCACUACGAUCCUCAUAUACUUUCAAAAGUGGUCUCAAUCCUGAUUAUGCAAGUCUCUUUAGGACUACCAUGGAUUCUUCAAUUCUUCACCCUCUACUCACCAUACACCACAUUAUGGCAUUAUCUGUUCACCAUUGUGAUGGGCUCACAAGGCACAAUGCUUCUUCUAAUCUUCCUAUACAGAACAUAUCGAAGUCGGCAGUACACUUCGAGCAGGAGGAGGACCAGCGAACGGGCCAAGCCAGGAAAAUUUCAGAAAAACUUGACAACUGAGGAAACUCUAUCCGACAGUACUGACAGCGAUUUGAAAACGUAUUAA